AUGAGGGGGCGUGGCCUGGCGGACAGUAGGCGUGGCUUACCGGGCGCCAUGGCAGCGCCUCCAUCUCUCUCCGCGUCUCCAUGGCAACGCCCCCCUCCCUUCGCGCAUGCUCAGAGGGCGCGCUGCCCCAUGGCCCGUCAUGCCUUAACACGCUUCAACACGCUUGGACACGCCACCACCGCCCUAUGGCUGCUGCUGCUCGCAUGUGGAGCUGGGGUGGCUGAGGAGGGUGAUGAAGCGCCCCUCCCCCCCUGCGGGCUGCCCCAGCCUCGCGCCCGCGUCGUGGGGGGGGAGGCGGCGGCGGCGGGGGCGUGGCCGUGGCUCGUGAGCCUGGAGCUGGGGGGGCAGCACCGCUGCGGGGGGACCCUGCUGAGCCCCCAUUGGGUGCUGAGUGCGGCCCAUUGCUUCCAGGGUGCCCCCGGUGCAGACUCCCCCCACUCCUGGCGGGUGGUGCUGGGGCGGCUGCACCUGGGGGGGGCAGAGGGGGAGGGGCAGGAGGUGUCGGUGAGCCGCGUGCUGCCCCACCCCCGCUACCGCCACGUGCGGGGGGGUCACGACCUGGCCCUGCUGCGCCUGCGCCCCCCCGCGCGCCUCGGCCCCGCCGUGCGCCCCCUCUGCCUCCCCCCCCCCGCGCUGGCCCUGCCCUAUGGGAGCCGCUGCUGGGUGAGCGGCUGGGGGCACGUGGCUGAGAACGUGUCUCUGCCCCUGGGCGCCCCCCUGCAGGAGGUGGCUCUGCCCCUGCUGAGCCCGGACACCUGCAACUGCCUGCACGCGGGGCUGCGGCGCAGGGAGCUGGGGCGCCCGGCCCGGCCCGGCAUGGUCUGUGCUGGGGGCACUGCCGGCAAGGGAGCCUGCCAGGCAGACUCGGGGGGCCCCAUCCAGUGCCAGGGGGGCUCCGGGCGCUGGUUCCAGGCCGGGGUCCUGAGCUUCGCCGUGGGCUGCGCGCGCCCGGGGCUGCCGGUGCUGGCCACGGCCCUGGGGGCCCACGCGCGGUGGCUGCGGCGCCACCUCCCCCCCAGCGCCUUCCUCCCGCCCCACGGCGCCGCCCCCGAGCCCCACAGCGAGGACGGGAUCUGCCUGGGGUGCGGGAUGUGGGGCGGCCCCGCUUUGGCGCCCCCUAGCGGCGCGGCGUGGCCCUGGUCCGUGGUGCUGCUGCGGGGGGGGCGGCCCCAGUGCUGGGGGGCGCUGAUAGCGGAGAGCUGGGUCCUGAGCGCCGCGCACUGCUUCAUCGGGCUCCCUCAGCCCCAUGGAUGCGCUCAGUGUGGAGGUGUCGCUGCCGGGACCCUGUGAGACCCCGACCCCCAACGGCACCGUUUGUGUCACCGUGCUCGAGGGCAACAGCAGCCGGCAGGCUCUUGCUGGCUCCCCAUUGGCCUGCCUGGAGCGAGGGGUCUGGUUCCUGCUGGGCACGGCCACAACCACUGCGGCAGCGGAGGGGGGGGGAGCGCUCCCCUUCACCAGCGCCCCCCCCCUGGAGCGCUGGAUCAGUGGCAUCGCCCGA